AUGUAUUUAUCUGGGUUUAACCGAUUAUUUAUUUGUAGAUGCCGAUCUCUCCGCACCCCAGGAAAUAUUUUGGUAGCCAACCUGGCCCUCAGUGACUUCAUAAUGCUGGCAAAAACGCCAAUAUUUAUUUUUAACUCAUUCAAUCUCGGACCAGCGUUGGGAAAAACAGGUUGUGUGUUCUACGGUUUCGUUGGAGGUUUAAGCGGAACAACAUCAAUUGCUACUCUGACAGCGAUUGCUCUGGACCGAUACUGGGCUGUUGUCUACCCCUUACAGCCCCUUCGAGCCCUCACUGCCAUUCGAGCCCGCCUUUUCGCAAUAGGCGCCUGGAUCUACGCAGCCAUUUUCUCAAUAAUCCCAGCUUUAGAUAUCGGUUACGGCCACUACGUUCCAGAAGGCUUCCUCACCAGCUGCAGCUUCGAUUAUCUCACAGAUGAACUGCCCCCACGCUACUUCAUCUUUGUAUUCUUCUGCGCUGCCUGGUUCUUCCCCCUUUGCAUCAUCUGCUUUUGCUACACCAGGAUCCUGCGUAUCGUUGUUGGAACCAGAAAUAUGAAUAACAAGAAUCAAGCAGAGAAGAUGUCUUCGAGACAUGUUAAGGAACAAACCAAACGGAAGGCGGAAAUUAAAUUAGCAGGUCUAGUCAUAGCGGUGAUAGCUCUCUUCUUUAUAUCUUGGACACCAUAUGCAAUAGUAACGCUGCUUGGUAUAUUUGGUCAGAAAGACGUCAUAACUCCAGGUGUAUCCAUGAUACCAGCGCUGUUCUGCAAAACUGCAGCAUGUAUUGACCCAUUUAUUUAUAUCAUCACACAUCCCAAAUUUCGGAAGGAGCUACAGAAGAUGCUAUUUAAAGAUAAAUCACGAAGAAUGACGGGGACAUUUAAGAGUGUUGCCUACUCCAUGGAAACGACCAAGGUGAACAGAAUUAGCAGAGAUUUGAGUGACACGGACGUAGAAGUAAUCGAGAUGAAAGACAUUCCAUAUCAUAAUGAUGCUAAUGGCGAUCACAUUAAAACGGUAUCAUCCAAAGUAUCGAAGAGGCAAGAUUCACAAAAAUCUGAAGGAGGUGUGAGUAUGAAAAGCAUUGAAGCAGGCGUAGUGAGCCCUCCCUCUUGGUACACCAAGCCGCAGUUUUCAAGAGCGAAAAGUUUCAGUCGUAUUUCGAAUAAAAGUUCGUGUUAA